AAGAAACAGGAUUGUGACCUGUAAUUAAGAUAGCUAAGUUAUUUACAUGGCCUCCAUUACUGUAGUUUCUGAGUGCCACACAAGCUUCAUUGUGUUUAGCCUCACAACACCAUGCAAGAUAGGGAAUUCUCAUGUUACACAUGGAGAAGUGAAAAACGGAGAAAAAUUACUUACCCAAAGUUGCCCAGGAAAACUGUGUUGGAGUGGGGACUUGAACCCAGGUCUCCUUAAUUCUAGGCUCUUUCGCUAAGUGCUUGAUCACCCUUUGUAUCAGUACAUAAUUUACACCACUUAAAUAGAUUUCCAUAAAAUACUUUCCCCUUCCCCCCACCCUCCCAAUUUUCCAGUUCCUGGCAUCAUUCACUACAAAAGAGCUGACUGCUUAUGCUAGAGCAGGAGCUGUGGCGGAAGAAAUUUUGACUUCUAUCAGAACAGUUGUUGCUUUCAAUGGACAGAUGAAGGCAUUAGCAAAAUAUGAUGUUAACCUGGAGAAUGCUAGGAAAGUUGGAGUAAAAAAAUCCAUUACCACAUACACAUCUUUGGGUUUCACAGAGUUUAUUUUAUUUGGAGCCUUUGCUCUUGCAUUUUGGUACGGAACCAAACUCACAGUGGAGGAGAAAGAGAAUUAUGACAUCGGACGUGUGUUAAUUGUAUUAUUCUGUCUGCUCCGUGGCACAUUCUACCUCAUCCAGGGCUUCCCACACUUGGAAUAUGUUGCCAGUGCUCGAGGUGCUGCCUAUGAAGUGUACAAGGUCAUCAGUAAGCACCGUCUUCUAGAUAGCAGUUCCAAGGAAGGAUAUAAACCAGAUAAGCUCAAAGGAGAGAUUGAAUUCAAAAACAUCCAUUUCAGUUUCCCAUCUAGACCUGAUGUUAAAAUUCUCAAGGGCCUGAACCUGAAAGUUCAAUCGGGGAAGACCAUCGCUCUGGUUGGCUCCAGUGGCUGUGGCAAAAGUACUGCUAUUCAGCUGCUAUACAGAUUCUAUGAUCCAGUCCAAGGAGAGAUUACCUUAGAUGGACGAGAUAUUCGGACACUUAAUAUAAAGUGGCUAAGAGAACGUAUUGGCCUUGUAAGCCAGGAGCCUAUUUUGUUUGCUUCAACAAUAGCUGAGAACAUUCGCUGUGGCAGAGAGGGUAUUACUGAUUCUGAAAUUGAGAAAGCAGCUAAAGAAGCCAAUGCUUUUGAUUUUAUAUCCAGACUGCCUGAUAAAUUUUACACCAUGGUGGGGGAAAGGGGAGCUCAGCUGAGCGGAGGGCAGAAACAGCGAAUUGCUAUUGCCCGUGCCCUGGCAAGGAAUCCCAGGAUUCUGCUGCUGGAUGAAGCCACGUCUUCUCUGGACACUCAGAGUGAAUCUAGUGUGCAAGCAGCUCUUGAUAAGGCUAGGGCUGGACGUACCACCAUUGUGAUAGCUCACCGGCUCUCCACAAUCCGAACAGCUGACAUUAUCGCUGGAUUUCACAACGGUGUUGUUGUUGAAGAGGGAACACACAAUGAACUCAUGACACAGAAGGGUGUCUACUAUUCUCUUGUGAUGCAGCAGGGUCAUGGUGAAAACACUCAAAAUGAGAUGUCAGAAAGCGAUGAAGAGACAGAAGAUGAAGACUAUGAGGAAGAGGAUCUAGGUGAUUUCAGGAUGGAGAAUCUGACUGAUCUUGGUGGUUUUGAAGAGCCAGGAAUCACUGAGAUGGGAAGCAUUCCUGAGAGAUCCAGAAGGCAUACAAGCAGAAAGACCUCUUCUAUGAAAAAGUUGCCUGAAAAGAAGAAAACAAAGGAGAAAGAGGAGGAAAUUCUCCCUGCUGUGCCUUAUUCCAGAAUCCUGGCUCUCAACAAACCUGAGUGGCUGCAUAUAUUCUUUGGUGUGAUUGCCGCUGCCUUCUCUGGUGGCGUCCACCCUGCAUUUGCAGUUAUAUAUGGAAAAAUCAUUGGGGCUUUUCAAGAAACAGAGUCUGAAAAAAGGAGCAAAAACACCACAUCACUUUCUCUAAUGUUUCUUGUCCUGGCAGUGAUCAGCUUAGUAACACACAUCAUCCAGGGAUUCAUGUUUGGAAAGUCUGGGGAAGUUCUGACCAAGAGAUUGCGAUCUUUGUCAUUCGAAGCAUUGCUUCAGCAGGAGAUUGGUUGGUACGAUGAUCCUAAAAAUGCCAUAGGGGUUUUGUUAACCAGACUAGCUACUGAUGCUUCACAAGUCAAAGGGGCUACUGGAAGCCGACUUGGCUUGUUCACUAAGACUGCCUCUACCCUUCUGUCCGCCAUCAUUAUUGCUUUUGUAUAUGAUUGGCGAUUAACUUUGCUUAUCCUGGCUUGCAUUCCUUUCAUUAUUGCUGCAAGUGCUAUUCGACUGAGCUCUGUGGCUGGUCGUGCGUCAAAAGAUCAAAAAGCUUUUGAAGAGGCCGGAAGAAUUUCAGUGGAAGCAGUAGAAAAUAUAAGAACUGUGGCUUCAUUAACUAGUGAAGAUGCAUUCUAUGAGAAAUAUAAUGCAAGUUUGAAUGGUCCAUACAGAGCCCUUUUUUCAGUUCUAUUUGGUGUUUUAAAUGUUGGCCUGUCCACUUCUUUGGCACCAGAUUUCGGCAAAGCUAAAGUUUCUGCCCAACGAAUCUUUCAGCUUUUGGAUCGGAAACCAUUAAUUGACAGCUAUAGUGAAGAGGGUACAAAACUGAGUCAGUUUGAUGGCAACAUUGAAUUCAGGGACAUCCAUUUUGUAUACCCUACAAGACCAGAAGUUCAAGUUUUGCAAGGACUCAAUGUGAAGGUUAAUAAAGGCCAGACGCUAGCCUUGGUGGGGAGCAGUGGUUGUGGCAAAAGCACAUCCAUUCAGCUGCUGGAGAGAUUUUAUGACCCUAUGGCAGGACAAGUGUUUGCAGAUGGGUUAGAUACUAAGUCUUUGCACUUGCAAUGGUUAAGGUCCAAAUUGGGUAUUGUGUCCCAGGAGCCUAUUUUGUUUGACUGCAGCAUUGCUGAAAAUAUCCAGUACGGAGACAACAGUAGGGUUGUCAGUCAGGAGGAAGUUGAAGAGGCAGCUAAAGCAGCAAAUAUUCACACCUUCAUAGAAAAUCUCCCAGAGAAGUAUAAUACCCAAGUGGGUGACAAAGGAGCACAACUUUCUGGAGGUCAGAAACAAAGAAUAGCAAUUGCUCGUGCUCUAGUUCGUAAGCCAGCAGUUCUGCUUCUAGAUGAAGCCACAUCUGCUCUUGACACGGAAAGCGAAAAGAUUAUCCAGAAAGCCUUGGACGAUGCCAGGAAGGGUCGAACCUGCAUUAUUAUUGCUCACCGCUUGACGACCGUCCAGAACGCUGAUGUCAUAGCAGUGAUUCAUAACAGAAAAGUAGUGGAACAAGGGACGCACAGCCAGCUGCUGGCAAAGGAAGGACAUUACUAUGCACUUGUAAAUGCACAAGUUUCUCAUUAA